UGUCACAUUGCGUUCAUAUUUAUCGGAUAUGCAUCCCUCUCACUUACUUAGCCCUUCUAUUCGUCAUGCAUCUUAACAUUUGUUCGUGAACUGUUCGGUAUUGAGCUGUAUGUCCCGGUUCAGUGUUUUGAGUGCGACUUCGGAUCAGAUGCAGCUUUGAUGAAACGACGAAAUGAAUGACCAUAGAGGAAGUAGCAAAAGAUCCGCGGCAGUUCCUUUACGACGCCGCCCAACUCCGCGAACCAUUGCCGGCGCCACCCACAGGUGCAGUGGACGUAAACUAGCAUGGACAUCUUCCCAAAUCGUUUGUGCCUGCCAAGAGCCACCUCUAAGUAGUUCUAAUCUAUCCAACAGCCCACAAGCUACUCGUGUAGAACAACCGGAUAAUGCGAUUUCAUCAGGUAGUAGCGAGUUCACUCAAAAGUUCGCGGAAAUGUUACUCGCGAAUCAGCUCAAUCUACCGAGUACUUCAUCGAACCUGCAAGAAAUUCUACAGUUUAAUAACAAAAGUCACGUGUCGGCUACAAAAACUUUAUUGGGUGCAGUUUAUACUGGCUUAAAUGCUGUUUGUGACAUCGCGUCCCACGUGUGGACUAACUAUGUUGGAAAAGGGAUUAACCUUUUUGCAGACCCUGUCCAGGGUUCCAAAACGGAAAACGACAAUAAGCGCCCUACAAUUUCGUCCUGCUCGCUUUUUAAGCAAGUGUCUAGUAGGCCUGAGCAGAUGAGAAGAUUGACCGAAGAUCUUGUGUCGACUACGUCGUUUAAAAAUACCACCGCUGAUGAGGAGGCCGCUACUGCAUUCAAAGCCGGAGCUCCUCAUAACCAGACGUAUGAGCUCAUGUCAACGACGUCCCACGGUCAGGUCCAGGAGGUUAUAGAUGAAUUUCGACCCGUUCGACAGAUCAAACAUGCGGCGGGUCCAGCAACCGCUCAUAGCAGUGAAUUCAAAAUGUGCGCCCCAACGAAGCACAGCAUUUCUUUGACGCACACUUCCGAAGAUCUGAGAGACAUUGAGAAAGCACGAGUAACUACAACUAUUAAUAGAAGAGAACUGGACAGAACUUUCAUCGAAGGCCAAAACCUGACUGGUUUACAAGAGCUCGAGGCAAAAGUUGCUAGUACGUCGAGCUAUCCGCGCUGCAGUAUACCAUUUUGCAAAGCAGCUUUGUUAGGACCAGGGCCUUUUACCAACGUAAUUUGCUAUAAGCAUGCACUAUGUAACGAGUGUUUAGAUUUAACCAUCGACUACCUGAGAUUGUAUGGGAAAAUUUCCUGUGCCAUUAUGGGUUGCGAGGUUAUUGUCACCGAGCACACAGUAGCUACCAGGCCCGAUUUGCUGUCACUUGUUCGUAGAUCGCGCAGACCUUUGCAACGAAAUCUUAAUUCGAAAAUCAAUCCAGUAAGGACUGACUCAGCAUUGUCAGCUGCUACUCUCGCUGAAAAACGGUUACAGGAUCUUCGUCGCGUUCGCCGCUAUCCAAAUAAUAAACGCCUAUGGAGUCGUAUGAUCUAUAGAACAUGUGAUAUGUGCCAAAGAGACUCAAUUUGGGUGGAGAUUUGCAUAUUAGAGAACUGCGUCCAUGUGAUCUGUUCGAUUUGCUACUAUAACAGAUACACUCGUCGGCAACCUCUAGCUAGGUGUCCAGCUACCUACUGUACAAUGGCUGUACUGUCUCAGGAUGGAAUUGAAGAUUCGAACAAAACUAAUUCGUACCACAGCGCUUUCGUAAACGGGUCCCAAACGUACCCUAACGGAAGUGCUCUCACUGCCGGGUUUUCAACUCGUACUAAAACGUACCGUACCGCUGAUUCCGAUCUACCCCCAAAAAGUUGCGAUUUAUGCAAGAGAUUAUUUGCAUCAACCCUGUCUGAAGCUUUCGUUGUAUCACGAUGCUACCACGGUUUUUGUGACUACUGCGCUUCAUACAAGAUCUACCGACUAAAUUCAAAUGUGUGCCCGUUUCCUGCCUGUAGAACGAAGCUGUCGUAUGACGAUUUUGGUCGUUUUUGUACAUUUAUUGAAAGAAUACAUUUUGAGUUUGCUCGAAGAACAAAGGGAGUAGAAAGGUGAUGUUAAAAAGUACUUAAAAUUAUCAUAUAUAAAAAUGUAGAUAACAUAAUAGUAUUCUCGACCCGAAAUGGGAUUUUAUUAUGUAUAGACGUAAACCGCAAGAUGGCCCUUUUAGC